AAAUAAAUUUCGACUCCUUUUUAUUAUUUUUCAUUAAAUUAAUAUGUCAUAACCGCGGAAACAUCUCAACUCAUACUUUUUAGGAAAAAGCUUGCCUUCGUCUUCAACGCGUUUUGCGUGCCAUUAUACAUCUAUAAUAUAUAUUUCAUCAAAUUUAAAUAAAAGAUAAAAUGGCACUAAGACCAUUAGUUAAGCAUAAAUGUGUGAAGAAAAGGCUAAAGAAGUUUAAACGUCAUCAAUCUGAUCGAUAUGGAAAACUUAAACCUAACUGGAGAAAACCAAGAGGUAUUGACAACAGAGUCCGUAGACGUUUUAAGGGACAGUGCUUAAUGCCCAACAUUGGUUAUGGUAGCAACAAAAAGACCAAGCAUAUUUUACCUAAUGGUUUCAAGAAAGUAGUUAUUAAUAACGUAAAGGAACUUGAAAUGUUAAUGAUGAUGAACAAGAGGUAUUGUGCUGAAAUCUCUCACGCUGUAUCAUCCAAGAAACGAAAAACUAUUGUUGAAAGAGCCCAACAGUUGGCUGUUCGUGUUACAAAUGCUAACGCUAGAUUACGUUCAGAGGAAAAUGAAUAAAUGUUUAUAAUAAAAAGGAACAUAUUUGUUA